UCCAGGACAUGGCAGGCUCCGCCACGGUCAUUGCCAGCCUUCUACUCCUGAUAGCCUGCACGUGCUGCAUCUGCCCCACAGGCUCUGUGACCAUCCCCUCAUCUUGCUGCGUGACCUUUAUUUCCAAGAAGAUUCCAGUAAACCGAGUGAUUAGCUACCAGUUAGCCAAUGGCAGCAUCUGUCCCAAGGCAGGGGUCAUCUUCAUCACUAAAAAGGGCCAUAAGAUCUGUACGGAUCCCAAGUUGCCGUGGGUUCAGAGGCACAUAAAGAACCUGGAUGCCAAGAGAAACCAGCCUUCUGAAGGUGCCAAGGCCCUGGGUCCCAAGUUCGCCGUCCAGAGACGCCGAGGCAACAGCACCAAGGUUUAG